CGACCAAGCAAGUCGCCGGCGACGGUCCAAGCGAGUGGGACAUGCACCGACGAGUCGAGGUCUUCCCGCCCAUCGAGGCCGACGACGCCAACGUCUUCGCAUCGCCUGCGUCUGACCUCCUGCUCCGUACGUUGGAGCCUGCGAUGUUCGAAGCGCAGCUCCGCAUGGAGGCCCCCACCGCGCCCUUCAAGUACACACGCCGCUUCCUCGUGCUGGAUGCGAGCGGCAACUACCGCGUCAAGACAGUGCUUGGCGUGUGCGACGACCCUGCGCAUGUCCCGAGCCACGCGAAGACGUCCAAGACGCGGGCCAUGGUCAAGCUGCUGGACUUGAUCGAGCUCGUCCCGCUCAUUGCACCGCAGGUACGGCCUCGGCGCUUCGUCCGCGCGCGCUGGUCGUCUGGUCCCAACACGUGGCUAGACGUUGAGACGCUGCCGUUUUCUAGCAAAGCGCUGGCGCAGGAGCUGUACGUGGCGACGGCGCACUCGUGGCAUCUCGUCGACGCGAUCAAGCUCGCCUCGUGGGAUCUCUUCAAGACCGAGACUGCGCUCUGGGAAGCCAACCCCGCCGUCAUCCAGUACCGCGCUGCGUUGGCGCAACUGGUCGAGCAAGAGUCGCCGCGGCAAGGCGAGCGAGUGCCAUGUCAGCAGGAGGCUGCUGCCGUUUCCGCGGGCCGAUCCAGUUGGGCCGACGUGUCCAGCACGAGCUCGGACGAAAGCAGCACCUGCCGCAAACGACGGCGGUUAGAGCAAGCGGCGAGUCGGCGUACACUGGAGAGUAUCUGCGUCAAGCGCCGACAGCCGAGCGCACCGCCCAUGCCCCAAGGCAUCAACCUCGCGUCGCUCGUGCCGGGUGCGUCCAGCGACAUUGUCAUCAUCUCGCUCGACUCGGACUCCGAGCCGGACGUGGCGCCGCCUCCGGACGAGCAGACCACACAAAUGCAACGGCCACCGCUCGUGGUCGACCUACUGGACUCGCCAGCGGUCGUCCACAGCACUCUUGAACCUCCGAGUACGACAUCAGCGACCACCAACAGCUCGCAAGACGUGGGUCUGGACGACAGACUGGCCGGGGAGCUCGGUGCAGCCAUGGACAAGGAAGCGGAUGACGCACCGCCGUCACCAAACGCCCCGUCGUCGGUGUCGUGGUCGCCGGGAUGCAGCGCGCCGUCGUCGGACGAUGAAAAUGGUACCGACGCGUUGACGCCCGUGCAGAAACGACAUCGGCGCAAGCCGAUGUCACCACCCGAGGACCCACCGCAUGUAUCGCCCGACGACGACCUCCUCGUGGUCAAGACGACCCGAAAGCACCACAAUGUCAUCCUGGACGAUGACGACGACGACGAGACGGCGUCUGUCGCACCGCCUGUGCCCACGGCAGCGGUGCCUGGCAUGAGUCAACCAGUAGUUGCAGACGUCGCACCCGUGCCAUCGAACGCAUGCCCUCCGCCAAAAGACGCGGCACCAGGAUCCUUGGCGACGAUGACGUUGGCCCCCGACGUGGUCCCGGACGCGGCCAGCCCGACGGCGAUUCCAUGCAUUGCACCGACACCACCAAGCGUAUCGUCAUUACCUGCCAACAGCGAUGACGCGCCGACGACGACGACGCAGCGCAAAAUGGCGUUCUUUCAGCCCCUGCCGCGACCGGCGCCGCGCUGGGCGUGUCCGUGCGGCAACUCGAACCCGAUCCGCCCGUACGCCUCGUCGUUCCUCGUCUGCCGCGCGCCAUCGUGUGGUGCGUGGAUGCACCGCAUGUGCGUGCCACCGACCACGGUCUAUUGCGCGCAAUGCGUGCCACUACCAGUGGGUGUGUCGGCGCAAGUGUUCCAAAGCGCAGUCUGGCAGGCGAGCGCGACCAACAACGUGGUCUGGCUCGAGACGCUCUUGGCGACGAGAUCGUAUUCGAUCGACUGGACGUACGUACAGCACGGCGACACGUGCGUUCUUAUAGCAGCGAAAACCGACUCGAUGCAGGCGCUGCUGCGCCUCUUGACGCUCUUGCCGGCCGAGACGUGGCCGACGUUUGUGAGCCACUUUGAGCGCAAUGUACUGAAUUUGACCUGUGGGACCAAGCAGCUUGGGGUCGUCACGUCGAUCAUUGCGCGCUGCCCGCCGCUGCUUUGCCGACUGGACAUACUGGGGCAGUCGGCCAUGGCGCUGUACAUGGCAGAGUCGCCGCGCUUUGUCGUGGCGCUUUUGCAGCGCUUUGCGCCCCUGCGAACGAUCUAUGACGACUUGCGCAACACGUGGGCACACUACCUGUGCGUGUCGCUGCCCGACAACUUUGCGACGCUCUUGGCGCUGCUCCCGCCCGUGCAAAUGAACCUCUUCAACUUGGCGGCGACGCCGCUCAUGCUGCUGUGCCAGCACGUGAACGUGAGCGCUGCCCACAUCGAUUUUGUCGUGCGGCUGCAGCCCAACUGGUUGGCGACCGACAGCCAGGGGAACACGGCUGUGCACUGGUUGAUUACGGCGCACAAGGCGCCGCUCCUGCGCCACCUGCCCACCAGCGUCGUGCACGCAACGCCCAGCUUGUACGCGACUGCGAUCCUUCGCAAAGACGAGGCCGCUGUCGGCGUGCUCCAGGAGCUCCACGUGCCUCUGUGCACGCCACAGGCCGGCUCGGGGCUGUGGCCGAUCGCUAUGGCCACGACAGCGAGUAUGGUACGGACGCUGCUUGCGAUGGACCCGCUCCCGCAGCUCGAGUAUGUGUGCAAUGUGAGUCAACAGCAGAAUGCCGAGCCGCCGGUCGUCUUGCGGCUGCUCCUGGACGACAUGGCCCUCGGCGAGUUUCUCAAUUCGCUGGUCGCGGGCGAUUUGCAAGCGGCCAAAGGUGGGUUCUUUCAGCGGUACCGGUCGGUUCUAUGCGUCGACCUCAAGCUCGUGCAGCUCCAAGAGGCGGUUCGGAAUGCUUCGCCGAUCAAACCGUCCAACGCUGUCGUCCACGUCGUCGCCCGGGACCGGUGGUGGGCGUCAUUUGCAAAUCAAGUCAAGACGAUCAGCGACUGGCGCCAGCCGAUCGAUUUCCUCUUCCACGAUGACAAGACGGUGCGCAGUACGAAGGAGGCAGCAACGUGCAACGAUCUCUGGCUCGAGCUCCAAGCUGGGUUUGCUACGGGCGACGUCGAUUCACUCAACUUGGUGGCACUCGGGCUUCUUCUCGGCCACAUGGUCGUUAUGCGCCAAACGAUCUCGUCACCUCGACUGCCGCUGCCGUUGUUGCAGCAGUUUCUGUUUGGCCGCGCCGCGACGGGCCCGAGUCCGUCGCCUCGCGGUGGCUUUGUGUACUGGAGUCCCGUGGCAACGUCGGACGCGGCGGCCACGCUGUUUCGAAAAGGCUUUCGGUACGUGGUUGGCGACCUUCUCGUGGGCUGGCACGCGCUCGAGGUCAGCGUCUUGCUGCAUACGAUGACGGCGUUCCCGGUGCCACUCGAGACGUGGCAGGCGAGUGUGUCGACAGCAUCGGCGCCGAUGGUGGUGAGUUGGUGGUGGCAAUUUUUGCGCUCACUGCGGCCCAUCGAGCUCUACAUGGUCUACAGUUGCGUCGGCGGCGACAAGCCCGUCAAUAUCGUGCUGCUGGAGCCGUCGGCGGCCGUCUUGUUGCGCGACGGGACGAUUGGCUUGCCGACCGUAGCGACGUACGCCGAACUGGCGCUGCGGGCUCGCCAAGGUCUGCGCAAUCCGUUGAUUUAGCGAUUUGUCGUCAAUAGUUUUCUAAUUUUUCUCAGUUAAAUGGGCUGUUGAUCUACUACUA